GGCUUUCCGCGAAGAGGGCGGUCGGAGAGGCGCCGCGCCGAGCCGCGGAGCGUGAUCGCCGCGAUAAGUCACGUGGGCCGACCCGGGAAUGGGACGGAAAGAGUGGAAGAACUUCUUCCGGGUCACAGUGGGGAGUCUCAAUCUAGGGCGGGAGUUUCUUUCCGCGUCCCUGUAACAUUAAGGCUGCACCGACUUAAGGUGCUUGUGAGUCUGUGAUGAGUUCCCAGAAAGGCAACGUGGCUCGGUCCAGGCCUCAGAAGCACCAGAAUACGUUCACCUUCAAAAAUGACAAGUUCGAUAAGAGUGUUCAGACCAAGAAAAUUAAUGCCAAACUUCAUGAUGGAGUAUGUCAGCGCUGCAAAGAAGUUCUUGAGUGGCGUGUAAAAUACAGCAAAUACAAACCAUUGUCAAAGCCUAAGAAGUGUGUUAAAUGUUUACAAAAGACAGUCAAGGACUCUUACCACAUAAUGUGUAGACCAUGUGCCUGUGAACUUGAAGUUUGUGCAAAGUGUGGAAAGAAAGAAGACAUCAUUAUUCCGUUUAAUAGAGAACCAGAAACUUCAGCAAAUACUGAAAAUCAAGAUUCUAAGCACAGAAGAAGCUGCAAAGGGAAGGAGGACAGUGAUGAGGAUUUAGAUGAUGACACCCACUCGGAGGACGAGGAGGGAGACACUUAGGUGGCCUGAUGACAGCACAGAAUCAGCCGCAGAGGGCUCAGCAGACACACUGACAUCCUAAUGUGGGUGUCAGAAAAGGUUCUUCAGAAUCGGUGAACUCACCCAUGAGCAAUAUAAAUUAUUUAUAACAUUUAAAUAACAGAAACUUUCAGACUUUCACAAUAAAACCUAAGCUGCAUAUACAGAGUAUGUAUGGAAACUCUUACUGUAGCACGUUCUACAAUCUAUGGAAAUUGUUUAGAAAAACAUAUUAUCUAAUGUCAAGCUAUCUAGUGUUGAGAAUUGGUGAUUGUAUCAAAACUAUCUCUUGGAAAAUUAAGAUGUUUAGCUCACAGUGAGUACAGUUCUGUAGCCUGACCUCAGGUGUGUGGCUUCCUUAGCAAAAGCCCCUUAUAGCUUACAAAGCAAAACCAUUUAUUUUUAGACGUGUGCGCACACGCAUACACACAUACACACACACACACACACACACACACACACA